CCAACUGUUAAAUGUUGAAAAUUAAUCGUAACUUCAGAAACAGAGUGGCGGUACAAGAAAAUAAACUAUGAAACAAUACGUGUUGUAUAAAAUAUUUUUUGUUAAUAUUUGAAAAUACAGUAACAUUGAAAUGAUACAAUUAUAUUAUUUACUUCUUUACACUAUUUUAUUUGCAAUAAUAUGUAUAAUUGUGUUUUCUAUAAUAUUAUUUAUAAUAACAAAACCAUAUCCAGAAAUAUGGCGAGAUGAGAAAGAAAAAUAUUUUUUCAAUCCAAAAACAAAAACUACAGAAGCUUUUCCAUCUUUAUAUGAAAAAUGGAGUAUACAUUUAAGUGUUGUAAUACCAGCAUAUAAUGAAGAACAAAGAUGUAAAUAUUGAUAGAUUAAUUGAAUAUUUUUGAAAACAGUAUGUUUGUAUAUUUAAUUUAUAGUGCCAGUAAUGUUAGAUGAAUGCUUGGAAUAUUUGGAAAAGCGUUCAAAAAAUGGACAUACUUAUGAACUGAUUAUAGUUAGUGAUGGAAGUUCAGAUAAAACUGUGAAUAUUGCUCAUAUGUAUGCACUAAAAUAUGAUAACAUUAGAGUAUUAAAUCUGAUUAAAAACAGAGGAAAAGGUGGUGCAGUAAGACUAGGUAUAUUGAGUGCGAGAGGAAGUGUAAUAUUAUUUGCAGAUGCAGAUGGUGCUACUAAAUUUAAAGAUUUGGAAAAGUUAGAUGAUAGUUUGAAAAAUAUUUUAGGAUUUGAUUAUAUAGAUAAACCGAAUGAAAUAAGUUCUUCUCAUGCAAUAGUAUGUGGAUCCAGAGCUCACUUGGGAAAAGAAGAAACUGCAAAAAGAACUUUUUUCCGAUUAUUUUUAAUGCAUGGAUUCCAUUUCCUAGUUUGGUUUUGGGGCGUAAGAGAUAUCAGAGAUACACAGUGUGGUUUUAAACUUAUAACACGUGAAUCUGCAAGAGCUGUAUUCCAAGCCUUACAUGUUGAGCGUUGGGCAUUUGAUGUAGAGAUGUUAUAUAUUGCAAAAAUUUUAAACAUUCCUAUUACUGAGAUUCCUGUAAAUUGGACAGAAAUUGAAGGAUCGAAAAUAGUCCCCUUUUGGAGCUGGUUACAAAUGGCUAAAGAUAUAUUUUUCAUUUGGUAUAAAUACAAAAUUGGAGCAUGGAAAAUAAAAAGAUUUAAACAAGCAUAAUAUGAAUGUGAGAUGUGUAUGAACAGAAUUCAAAAUGUAUAAACCAAUCUUAUAUUUAAAAUUCCCAUUAUAAAAAAUAUUAUUAGGUAUAUCUAAUAGAGUAAUCAUGAAAUAGUUUUUUUUAAUAAGGAAAGUUCUUCGAUGUGAAAAAUCAUAACUUUUAUUGUUAAUAAUUAUUAUUUUGUUUAUCGUACAAAAUCAGACAAAAACAAUCAUACAAAAAAGUCAUAAGUGUUCUUAAAAAAUGAAAGAGAGCUAUAUGAUAUUUUAGGUUUAUUUAAUCAAGUUGAACAAGAUAUAUUAUCUCGUUCUUAUAUUUAUUAUAUGUUUUAUAAUAUGUAAUCAAUAUUAUCAAUAAAUACUAUUUUACAAAAGAAACAAUAUAUAAUUUCGCCACUAAUCAAUCAAAUUUUCAUUUGCAGGGGAAUAUCUCUCAUAAUUUACGGACAUCUAAUUUCUUUUUUUGUAUAUUUUAAGCAAAAAAAAUAAAUAUAAAAAUUACACAUUUACUCCAUUAAGCACUACAGAAUCAAAUAAUUUAUUAAAUU